AUGGCUGUGGCUGAUGAUGCAUUUGAUGAGCAGUGUGAUUACCUCUUCAAGGCUGUUCUGAUUGGAGACUCAGGAGUUGGGAAGACAAAUCUGAUAUCAAGGUUUGCAAAAGAUGAAUUCAGGUUGGAUUCCAAGCCAACUAUAGGUGUUGAAUUUGCAUACAGAAACAUCAAAGUCAUGAACAAGCUCAUCAAAACACAGAUAUGGGACACUGCCGGCCAAGAGAGGUUUAGGGCUAUCACAAGUUCAUACUACAGAGGAGCCUUGGGGGCAAUGCUGGUGUAUGACAUAACCAGGCGAGCAACUUUUUUGAAUGUAAGAAAAUGGUUGCAUGAGUUGAGAGAGUUUGGAGGAGAAGACAUGGUGGUUGUUUUGGUGGGAAACAAAUGUGAUUUGAGGCAAUCAAGGGAAGUUGAGAAAGAAGAAGGAAAAGGGUAUGCAGAAACAGAAGGGUUAUGUUUCAUGGAAACCUCUGCUCUGCAGAAUCAGAAUGUUGAGGAAGCAUUUUUAGAAAUGAUCACAAAGAUUCAUGACAUUAUAAGCCACAAAAGUUUGGAAACCAAAAUGAAUGGAACAUCAUUAAAUCUUCUUAGUGGGAAGGAGAUCCACAUACCUGAUGAAGUCACUGCUACUAAACAAGCUAAUUAUUGUUGUUCAUGA